CCCAAACUGCCUUAAAUAUUAAAAAAAAAUCCUGACAAACCAUUUGGCGUACUGAUUUGCCUAUAUUUUGUUUAUUUUUUAAAUUUUAUUUUCAGUUACAUCUGUAUGUUUGAUGUGUGCGUGUGUGCGUCAAAUCGUACAUAGGCCCACUUGGGCUCAUUCUGAAUGUUGGUGAUUUGGGAGGGGGCUACAGGAAGAGCACUGAACUUAAAAAAAUAGGUAGAAGUGGAGAUGGGGGUUGGUUCAGGUGAUGGGGGUUAUUAGGAAGGAACUGGUUCUCAAGGUAUGGGGUUGGGGUGCCAGAACAAGAGAUGGCGCACAAACCAAAAUUGGUCCUCUCUCUAACUUCCAUACAAUAACUAGCCGAUGUUCGUAUUAAAUUCAAUUUUGGAGUUAUUAAGAAAGGAGUAGAGAUGUAUAGAGCUUUAAAUGAACAUAUAACUUUAUAUUAACCUGAGUCAGUGAUAAUCAUUAUUAAUUGAGAGUUUAAUCAAUAUUUUAUUCAUAACAGACAAACCCUUCGCUCGACGUAGAAGUGGAUAUAUAUGAAAUUACAAAUAAAAAAUCGUUUUGCUUUAAGAAUCAUAUCAUAAUUUUAACAUAAUUUGACAGUCCAUUUUGCAUUGGAAAAUGUUUCAGCAAUCGUGUCAUAUGAAAGCAAUCUCAUCAUGAGUCUUAUUUUUAGUGACUGUUGUUAAACCACAGACUUCCCCUUUCCACAGUAUAGCUGUCCUCCCUGCUUUCUUUCAGUCUCAUAGCUCUCAGUGUGUCUGUCAAGAGGACUCUGGGGGAUAGCUGUGCACCAUGAGGACCCUGCUGGCUCUAACUGUACUGCCAUGGCUCACCCUGAGCAGCACCACAGUAAAAAAUAUAACAGUUCCGCCAGAAGUGGAGGUGGAUUUUAACUGUAAUGCGACAGCACUGCCUGUGAGAUGGUUGUGGUUCCCCAAACACUACAAGUGUGCCGGGGAAAGCUCUACGAAGAUCAUUUACACCAUCGAUAAGCAUGGAAACAAGGCAUCAGCAGAGAGGUUUAAGAAGCGCUUAACACUGAGAGGAGAUCCGAAAGCUGGAGAGCAUGCUCUGGUUUUAAGUGAUUCAGUCAUGAGCGAUUCUGGGACCUAUACCUGUGCAGAUUCAAAAAAACGUAUACAGCGUUAUGAACUAGAGGUUACUGCAGGGUGCUAUCACAAUGUUCAGAUCAAGAACAUAUUACGUUCAAGGACAGAACAUGUCAUAUUAUCUUGCUCCUCCUGUGCUGGCAGAAAGCAGAUAAAGAACUUCAACUGGACCUUCAAUGGAAAGCCAGUCAGUGAUUUACCUGGCAUUAGAUAUAUAAGGAAUUCAGUAGUAAUUAUACAGAAUGUGACCGCUGAUGAUGAAGGGAAGUGGAUCUGUGCGUCUGUGGAUGACCCCUCUCAAUUCUCAGAGUAUUGUCUAGACUUGGGGUCAAAGACUGGACGGAAGAACAAUGAGAACAAAUAUCCGAAAGAUACAACACAGGCGACAGGACUGAAUAAAAAUGACUCGGAGAUUGACGGAAAAGGCGGAUUGACUGAUCCUUUGAAAGCAGUGAUACUGGCGGUAGUGGUUCUUAUUGUGGUGGCAUCUGUGACUUCAGUGUGGCUGUACAGGAGGAAGAGAUCUCACAGGUUGAACCAAAAUCUCACUGUUAAUUCAGCUCCAAACCGUGACAUUUCUCCCCCGGUGUCUGUAGGGACUGGUCAGGCAAUGACAGGCACUGCUACACAGGAUGAAGAUGAGGGUCAGUAUACCUCCCUGACUGUAAGGGAGCCUGCAAUCUACUGUGAUCUCAGAGUACAAUAGCGCCCUCUGCUGGAGACAGCAGUGGUGCGCAACAUGCAGCCACUUCAUAUGAGCCCAGCCUACAGCUCUGGCCAAAAGUUCUGCAUCACCCUAUAGAAUGAACUGCUUGUUAGUCUUAUAGUAUGAAACUGUUACCAUGACAACGUGCAGGUAUGAAUUCACCCAGAGUAUUUAAAUAAUUGGUAUUUACCUGUGAUAAUCUGAUAACCCAAACCUGUAACCCAACAGCAUUUACCAAGUCACUGUGGUGUGCACGGACUUCUUAAACCUAAGUGAUCUUUAAACCGGGGAGUUUUGAAUAGAGUUAUGAAAAUGAUCCUCUAAUGUGUUUGUGUGGUUUCUUUGUAAGACGAGACCAGGUGGCCAACGCAUUGUGUAAAUAAAAUAAAUGUUUGUGUGCUCUGAA